CAUUAUAUAUAUGACUGAAUUGUGCAAUUGAAAUGUUUCCUCUUGGCAUGAAUAUAGCCCCUGCUGCUGACAUGGCAUUAAAUAAUAAAUAAAUAAAUCACAACAUGUUAUAUGUAAGAUAAUAUGUGUAUUAUAAUGAACUUAUAAUCUGCUAUAAUAUGGCGGUCGUUCUGGACCAGGAACACAACUAGCUAUCAUGAAAUGAACACAACAGGAGGGUAAAUGCUACAGGCUACAAUGGCAGUUAGUGUAACGUGUUAUGUAGUGUUUCAGGCAACGACAUGGCUUCAGCUAAGUCUCACAAAGGCAUGAGUAAUGCUGAAUGGCUUGCGCGUCUGGAGAGUUUUGCCCAAACAGGAGUUUGGCCAUCUACACAGGGGAAUAGACCUUCUCCCCGACAAAAAAGAUGGCAUGAGAUGUAUCAGAAGAUAGAAAAGUGCCCUCUGCAAAUGAGGGGACAGACCACUCUUCUGAAGGAAGCUCAGACAUGUAUUUGUGGCUUUCACAAGGUAACUUCAAUUAGCCUGGUUCAAGUUGCAUAAAUAGAUAGAUGUGUUUGCAACAUCAAUGUGUCUUUAUAUCUAAAAUCACAUUAGGAAGACUGUUUUGUACUUUAUGCAUGUGUCACAGGUUCAUCCACCAGUCACAGGGGAAGCAUCACAGAGCACGCCGGCCCAAAGCACACCCUCUGUCAGCGAUGUGUCAUGUCCUGCAAAGAGACCUAAACUGACAUUGUCAAUGUUUGAAAAGUCAAGGUUUGGAGGCUCACAUGUGGCAGCAGCAAAACCUAAUUUGAGCACCCAGAGGAAAACCUCUCAGAUGUUAGAGCACUCCAGUUCAGCUACAGUUUCAUGUCCACCCUCUGAUCCUCAUCCUCCUCCAUCCCCCAAACCUCAUCAGCCCGUCAUCCAGUCCUCCUCUUCCUUCUUCCUUCCUCCACCUCAGAGUUCACAACGCAUCAAAAAAACAGCAACGCCAUCAACUGUUUCUGAGAAUACUGUUGUGAGGAGCCCACAGGUCUCAUCUCAGCCAGAAGAUCUCCCCCUUCUGUGGCCACAGACAAUGCCACAGCAAGACCAGAAGUGGGUGUCAGAAGCACUUUUUAGGGUUGGUGCAAAGGGAAAGCUGGAGCUGCGUGAAAACCUACAGUUGUGGUAUCACCCCCCACCACCAGCCCUGUUGUACCACCAAGCUCCAACACCUGAUAGGUUUUUUUCACAGCGUCUCUUGCUCUGGAUGCCAUAUAAGCUGUGGAAGGUGCGGCUCCAGUGUACUAACCCUGCCUGUGCCAGGCAACAGCUGUGUGGUGGUGGACUGCACAGGAGGGUACGACAGGUGUUAGACAUUGACAGAUACUACAACCUGGUGACAGAGACCCUGAUCUGCACCAGGUGUAGAACCAGCUAUCUGUCCUGGAGUCAAGCUGUGCUGCAGCAGUUGGACCUGGCCCAUCGAUCUGAAUUCAGGGUCAUCCUCACACGCAAGUAUGCCUGUGACAUUCGGGUUCUUCGCUUGCUGCGUGAGAGGGGCAUGGGGAAUGGCCCAGUGAGGAUCAUCGGCCAGCUGAGAGAGAACCACAGUGAGGAGUGGUUGAAACGUGCGCUUCGGUACACAUCAGAGUGUGUGGCCUUUUUUGAUAAUCGUGGCCUGCAUCCGCUGCACUUCCAGGAGCCACCACCACUUGCUUCAGUACCCAGCUACAAAUGGCUCCUCACUGUAUAUAGUCAGGACAUUCUCAACAGGCUCGAUCACAUAAAGGCCAGCAUAACAUCCACGUAUGGAUCAAUCUUAAAAAUGGAUUCAACUAAGAAGAUCACCAAGAAGUUGAGCGGGCCUGCGAAAGGCACAGCACAGUGGCUUACCUCAGUGGGCAAUGAGAUAGGUCAGGUGCUGAUGAGUGUCCUGACUGCGAAUGAAGGGGCUGGGUUAGACCUCAUGGCUGCAGGGCUCAUGGAGCGAUACCGGAGUGCUGGUGUUGAUCCUCCCACUAUCAUUUAUGUGGACUGUGAUUGUUGCAAGAAAGUGGGAGAGACUAAAUUGAAGAGGCGGUUCAGCGGCUGGCCAGAUGUCAUCGUCCGCCUAGACAUUUGGCAUUUUAUGCGACGUCUGGCAGUAGGGUGCACCACUGACGCCCACCAGUUGUACCCUACUUUUAUGGCAAGGCUGUCAUCCUGUAUUUUUGAGUGGGAUGCAGGGGAUCUCACUCUGCUGAGACAGGCCAAAAGGGAGCAACUCAUCCAACAGGGCUGGCCUACUCUGUCGGAGGCAGAACUGGACCAUCAUUUAACUAAAGCUGAGCUGCUCCAGCACUGCAGGAGGAGAACACGGGGAGAAGAAACCACUUUCCGCCUCCUUGAUAUGCUCAUCAGAGAGCUCAUGGGUGGCAAGGGGAAUGAUGCUCUUGGUGUUCCUCUACUUGACAGUGUGAGAAUGCAGCACAUCUGGAAUGUCCAGAGGCGGCACGUCACCUGUAUCCAAGACCCUCCAAAUGUGCCGCUCUAUACUGAAACUGGAACUACAAGCAAGGGUGGGGUGGUUCUAAAAACUUAUCGUUGUGCCAGAGGCUCCACAUCCCUGGAAUCAUUUCACUGCCACCUAAACAGAUUUAUUCCAGGGAACAGCGCAAACAGCCUGAACUUCCAGAUUUAUCUCCUGGAAGGUUUAUUACGCUGGAAUCAGGACCGGGCUGAAGCUGCUGUUGCAGAUGGAGGUUCAACUCUGCGCUCUUACACAGGGGAGCUGGUUUACUCUGUCAAUGAGAACUACAAUAAGUUGUAUGGCAGGAAAUUGGUCCCUAGCUUCACUCCACCUGCAGUAUACACAGGGGAGCUCAUUGGAGUACAGUACUUGUUGAGGCAGAAUAGUCAGCCCCUGGAGGACAUGUGCCCUACCUCUGAUAGGACCUCUCAAUUGCUGGAGGAGAUAGAUGUGGAGGAGCAAGUGGAAAAGGAUGAGGGUUUCAUUGAUUUCUUUGGAGAGGAAGCCACAGUGGCAAAUCUUGUGGCAUCAGAUGACUUAGUCCUUUCAGGUCCACCAGUUCUACCAGCUGCACCAGUUCCCAGUGUCCAGGCUCCUACAGCUGCACCACUGCCCAGUGUCAAAAUUCCACCACUGCCCAUUGUCCAGACUCCACCACUGCCCAGUGUCCAGACUCCACCACUGCCCAGUGUCCAGACUCCACCAUUGCCCAGUGUCCAGACUCCACCAUUGCCCAGUGUCCAAACUCCACCACUGCCCAGUGUCCAGACUCCACCAUUGCCCAGUGUCCAGACUCCACCAUUGCCCAGUGUCCAAACUCCACCACUGCCCAGUGUCCAGGCUCCACCACUGCUCAGAGUCCGGGCUCCUUCAACUGCACCAGUGCCCAGUGUAGCUGCAUCACUGCUCAGUGUCCAGGCUCCACCAUUGUUCAGAGUCCGGGCUCCUUCAGCUGCACCAGUGCCCAGUGUAGCUGCACCACUGCCCAGUGUCCAGACUCCACCACUGCCCAGUGUCCAGGCUCCACCACUGCUCAGAGUCCGGGCUCCUUCAGCUGCACCAGUGCCCAGUGUAGCUGCACCACUGCCCAGUGUCCAGGCUCCACCACUGCUCAGAGUCCGGGCUCCUUCAGCUGCACCAGUACCCAGUGUCCAGGAUCCUUUAGAUACACCAGUGCCCUCAGCAAUGGCUGUUGACGAACACUGCAUUCCUGGAAUGGACCGGGUGGAUGCGUUGGCAGAGUGUCUGGUGGAGCUGCGCACACAGACAAGCCUCACACUUACCAACCAACAAGUUGCGACCAUUGUGGGUCUGUGGCAGAACCUGGACAAAUUUGAUAAAGACAGGGUGGUGUAUGCUGCUCGUCAUCAAGACAGGCUACUUACAGGACGUUUUAGGUCCCCAAAAAAGAAAGCUGUCUUCACUCCUGGUGUCGACAGCACAAAAAGGUGUGUUUUGGGUUCUAGCGGCUCUCCAGCACAGUGGCCUAAUUGCUGUCGCCUUGUUGAAAUGAUUUUCAUAAGGUUAUGUAACAUCCACCGAAGCCCCAAGAAACAGCGGACAGAAUGUCUGUCUAGAUGGGAUCUCAUUCUUCGUGAUUACAGAAAAAUUCGGCAGCUAAUCCUGAGCAAUGGAACGGUGAUGAGUGACACAACCCUUCAGCUAGUUGAGGUAAAUCAGAGGACCCUUACGACAUGGCACAAUAACCGUUUAAAGGGUCAGGAGGUCUCCUUGCUGUUGCAAGGGCUGGACCUUCCAGAGGCACGUCCAGUGGCUUUGGAUGUUUUGCCUCCAGCACGAGUACAGCCUGUUGUGCCUCCACAAUAUAGCCACCAGUUGCAUACCUACCAGAUGCCACCAGACACAGCUGGACAGGCAAAGACAAAGUUUAGAAAGAUUGCGCCCUCAGCUACCUGUACAUCUGCCACAGCAACUUCAAUCUGGCCAUCAGCCGUACACCCUCAGCGUUCAGCCACGUCCAGCCAGCUAAGGACAAUUUGUCCCAGGCCGACAGCACCACACCCAUUGGUUCCUGACACACCCACUGCCCCUGUUGUGUCUCAGAUGUUUCUGGUGCCCUGCCCAGCCCCAUUUUCCACCAUUAACCCUGGAGCAAUUUCCUCUGAGCCACCUGCAAAUGACACAGCCACUCCAACCAAACGAUCGUACAAUCGCACUGUAAAAGCAAAUUCGUGCAGAAAGUGUGGCCAAUUUCGUACUCAAGAAACUGGCCAUAGCCAGUACAAAGGCAAAAUAUAUUGCCCUAAUAAAGAAACAAUUACAAAGGAGCAGUGGUUACAGAUUAUGAGAAGAUAACUCAUUUAUUUAUGUGUGAUACAUUCAUUUUGUUCUCUUGGUUGGAUCUGUUCUGUUUUUUAUCUUCCAGCCAUAUUUAAUGUUAAAGAGUUAUACUGUGCACUUUUUUUUAUCUUGUAUUAUUAUUAUUAUU